AUGUCUGGUGCAUACAAUAAUAAUUCACCUGACAAACCAUCACAGUUUCCAGUUGACUUUGAUUUUGGUCUUUACCAGCAACAGAGACAAGUGCCUCUACAGAAUACACAGAGAAAUACGAGAGACUAUCCAUUGGAUGCCUCUGCAGUAGAUGGUAGUCUAGUGGGAUUUUCUCAUGGGUAUGUACGAGAUCAAUAUAUGGCACCAGAUUUCCUUAUCUCUGAAUUUCUAGCAGAAACAGGUGCAAACAACUUUAAUGAAAGUAAUACUAAUACAUCUACAAUUAGCACCACCAGAAAGAACAAUUCAAAUCCUACAAGUCUUAACAAUACAAGCGGUCAAAUAGAGCAGCAGCUGCUGCUGCAGCAACCAUCAUACGACAUUUUCUCUUUGACUACAUUUGAUGAUCCUAGUGCCAACUAUUAUCCACAUUCACCAAGCAGUUCCACUAAUACCAAUAAUAACGCAAAUGGAUAUUACGGUGACUAUCAACUGAACCCGCAACAGUUGCUGCAAGAUCAACUGCAACAAAGUUGUUUGCAACAGAACCAAGAUACGCAAGAAAUGCCAAUUUUAAUUAAACAAGAACCCAUAUCAAAUCCUACAUCUCCAUUCACAAUGAACUCGCCUGACUUUAUCCAACAACGACAACAACAACAACAAGUACCGCAACAACAUAUUCCGCCUGUUCAAAAGCUGCAGCUGUUACGUGCUCAAUAUGUUCCACCUCCGGAUACCAAUAUUUAUCAAUCACGAAGUAGCUCCACUACAUUAGCCACUACUGUCUCUGGAGGUUCAAUGCCUUUCCAGAAACGGUUCACACAUCCCCAAGAUACAUCACAAGGAUCCGGCACGAAUGAUAUAAUGACACCUUCCAAAAAUGGGGGAAGAUCUAGGGUUAAGUCGUCUCAUAACGUAAUUGAGCAAAGAUAUCGUAAUAAAAUCAACGACAAGUUCACUGCAUUACAAAAUAGUGUACCUACGCUUAGAAUCACUGCCAAACGGAAAGCAAGAUCUGCUUCUUCUGGAUGUGUUAAAAGAGAUCUGGAUGGUUCCGAUUACGAGGAUGCUGAUGGGUUUGGUGACACCAUGGGUACUGUUAGUAAUAAUUCUAAUUUGGGUGAAUCCUUUAGCUUACCCAAUGACGAAGACUUGGAAGGGUUAGAACCUGCACGGAAAUUGAAUAAGGGAACUAUACUUCUGAAGUCGAUUGAAUAUAUCAAAUUCUUGGAAAGAAAGAACGAUCGAAUGCGCUUAGAACAUGAGGAAUUGGUUUUGAAGGCAAGAAUGUUAGGGUUAAACAUUGAUGAAUUUAUCAAUCCUUGUGAAUAA